AUGGGUGAAGCUUCGAUCACGGAAUCCAACUGGCGCCUCGUCGAGGUCGGCCGUGUCGUCCUCCUCCAGGGUGACAGCCCCUACGCUGGCCGCCUUGCCACCAUCGUCGAGAUCGUCGACCACAAGCGAGUUCUCGUCGACGGACCCGCCAAGGGCGCCGAAGUCCCCCGCCACGCCGUGAGCCUCUCGCGGUGCCUCAUCUCUCAGCUCGUCGUCGAGGGCCUACCCCGAGGCGCCCGCGGCCCCACCGUCCAGAAGUUCUGGGAGAAGAACCAGAUUGACGCCAAGUGGAAGGAGACCAACUGGUUCAAGCGCCGCCAGCAGAUCGAGCGCCGAAAGGCCCUUACCGACUUCGACCGAUUCAAGCUCAUGAGGCUCAAGAAGCAGAGGAGGUUCGAGGAGCGUCUCGUGCUCGCCAAGAUCAGGGCCAAGGCGUAA